AUGUCGACAAGACCUGGACCUGUUGAUGAGGACUCUUCCUCUUGUCUGUCGGGUGGUGAGGGUGAGGGAGCAGUCAGCCAAGAGGACUACGUCAAGUUGCGGAAUAUGAUUAACAAACAGAUUAUUGACCCGCUGCAAGAGGCUGAUCAUCAUCAACAACAAGGGUGGACGGUGAUAGACCGUCUCGCCAGCGGCGGCGGCGGCCAGCAAUAG